CUGCAUCUCUGAAGUCUCCUUAGUGUUGCCUCGUACGUUGCGGUGUUGUGUGCGCGUGCUGCUCCUGUCUCGCGCUGCUCCGCUUUGCAGAGAAGUGAUCCUUCUGGCGAAGUAGGUUGAGAGAGCAGUCCAAAAAAAAAACGAAGUAGACGUCCUCUGGGUGGUUGACUGUACUGCAUUUCAAGAUUGUUUACAGAAAGAGCAGCAUCAAUAAAAAUGUACAGUAGAUCCAUCCAGGAAUAGUCGCGCAGUUGCAGGAAAGGCCGUCGGUUUAUUGCAUAAAUGAUUACGGAUUUUCUUAUCAUAACGGCCGACCAUCACGAAGUUCACAAACCACAGUUUACGUGGGGAACAUCUUGGUCGGGAAUCAUUUUUUCUCCACGAGGAGAUCCGAGGCAUUUGAGAAGAAUAGUAACUGUAAAUGUUCAAUUGUGUUUUUAAAGUUGUUUCCUGAUGAUGAUUCAAUUCACUCAGCAAAUUUUUUAUAAUUAGUACGGCUGUACGGGUAAUAAUGACGUUCCUGUUACCAAAAUUUCAAACUUUAGCAUCAAAUUAUAACUUCGGGAAGAUUUUUCGGUGCCCUACAACCGAGCUGCUGUCCCUGAGUUUUUUGCCCCAAGUUUGAGUGGAGCUCAAGAACGUUGAAACUUGAAGUCCAUUGUCAGGCCAGUUAUUGUUCGUGACACACAGAGGGUUUUUCUGCUGGAUGAGAAAAAAUUGUUUGCGGUCUGACCUUGAAAAACUCAUUACUUCAGUCGGCAUGGAUACAAUGGAUUACAGGUCAAGAAGAACUAAGUCUAGUUCACAAGCGGCAACCACACGCGUCGUACUUCUGACGGUCUUGGCACUUCAGCUGCCGGGCAGCCUGUGUCACUCACGCCCUUUGAUAGACCCCGAUGUGAUGACUCAGGGCACUCACCCUCAGCUCACGCUCCUCUAUCACCCUAAGUUCACAACCCUCAUCACGCUGGCAGGUAUCCCGGCGCCGCAGGGCACCGACUUCGAGGGGCCCGAUCCUGGCCUCAAUGCUGCGAUAAUAUCCGCCCCCGACGUGUGCCCCAACCAAUAUAUGAGAGACGCUGGGGGCCGCUGCAGACCGGCCUUCACUUACGGCCCUAACCCUCUCUCGACCUUCUCACCUGAGAAGUACAAAGGGUCUAUUCAGUUCUACAUGGGACUACAGGUGGGUCGACCCACGCAAUUAAACAGAAGACGUAACCCCCAGCGCCAACGCAAUGGUGCAGCAGCUGGAUCCAGGCGUCAGGGUCGACUGAACUUCCCCCUGCGCAGUCCAGCACCAGAGACUGCAGCAACUACCACCACAGUUGCUCCUCUAGACCAUCUCUUGGACCAGGAGCUAUUGCAAGAAAUUCCUGAGGUGCCGCUUCCAAGCACCGAGAACGAGUCUAGUUCAGCUCUACCGACACCACCGCCAUUAACUAACACUGUUGCAGAAAUUACAGCCAUACUUGCUAAGCUAAAUGAUGAAAAAUCUUCCUCAGACUCUCAAACUAUAGAUGACGAUGAUGAUUAGUGCUAUACAAUUCUCUAGGACGUAUUUAUUCUCAAAUUAUGUAAAUAGACAUCAGUGUACAAAAGAUUUAUGACCGGCCACAGCUCCGGUAUUGUCUGCAGUUGAAAUGCUUGAUAAGGAUAGCAGGACCAAAUCUGCAUUUUUUCCCUGCAGGACAAGUACUAUUUGUCGACUACAUUUUUAUGAAGCCAUAAACCUCCAAGUGCGUUAAUUAAUGCUGCGGUUCGAGCGGUUAGUUACCAGCUUCACUUCUAUUGUUUUUUACCGCAGCACGAAAUGUGACGUUUUGUGUAACGCGUAUUAUCAGGAUUGCUAAGCUGGUACAAAUACAUGACCAUUCAAGGCCUGAUCAUGGAUUAAGAGCCAGAUCAAUUUGAAUCCUUGUAUGCUUCGAGAGACUUCGUGCGAAGAGGUAUCUUGGAUUGCCAGGCAAUGCACGGAAUGGACAAGACCGUCGUGCCGCAUGGCCUCUUUCAUUAUGAACGAUUUAUCUUCCCUCUCGAAGGUUUCCAGAAUUGUAUCUGAGAAUUCUUUAGGGUAAGCUCUAGAUCUAAAGUUGUGUUAUCGCCCGUAUCGUUACCUGGUAUCAUGGUAACGAUAUUUCGGCUUGAUAAUAGACCAACGACCGAACUAAAUUUCCAACAAUAGUUACUUAGAGAAAUGGUUUUCCUACGGUCGAUUACAUCCAUAUAUUUUGUUCACACAAUGGUACCUCGAGACCUCAAAAAUAGCAGACUUACUAAUAGCAGACUUACUAAUAGCAGACUGAAUAACGCAGCAUACUUAUGCUAAAUAGUAUUCGAUGAGCGAAAAAGAGAAAAAUUUGCUAACGUGAGUCGUGCGAGUCAUCUGAACUUCAGAAUCUCCGUCGAAUUCUGUUUUAUGGUGUCAUUAAAAUUUUGAAUUGACUUCAGGUUAUGACGUGUUUUGACAAUGAUGAGGCUGAGCAUCCGCAUCUUGAGUCUUACUAAUAAAAAAACUGGAGAACAGGAGUAAUAUUAUCUCAUUCUCAUCAUGGUGACGCGACAACACGAGAAUUCGAUCACAACGGUACACACCAAACGCGGUUCCAUAGGUUUCGAUUGAAAGAAAUCUGAAAACGUU